AUGGAGAAGAUAACAUCGCCACAAUCUUCUUGCAUCAGCCAGCCGGCUGCGGUGGCGUCCAUGUCGGCCGGCGAGAGCAGCUGGGCGAUGCACUUUGCAAACUUCGUGGCAUCAACAGACAACAGACAGGAGAUGUAUCACCAAGGAGGAGAAGCCUCUGACAGUGAUUUCUCCUCUGGCUUCUCUUCCUCAUUUGAUUCCUUGGGUGACGGCUCCGACACCGACUCCUUCCUCACGUCGGACCUCAUGGAUGAAGACGAUGAGGAUGAUUCUCUGCAGGACACUGCCUGUUCUUCCGCCGCUCGCCCUAAGGUAACCGGCAUGCAUGAUAUGUUCAUGAAGUCAAUUCUAACCAUGGAUGCGAAGGACAUGAACACCACCCAGCUGGCCAAGUAUUUCCUCGACGCACGUUCAAGGCAGCAGGCGACUGGCGCGGUUCAAGAAGUGAUCAGCGGUGGAAAUAGCAACGAGAAGCAGCUGCAUGAGUUCAAUGAUCUGAGGAAGAAAGGGCUUUGCUUGGUCCCUCUCUCCAUGUUGAUAGAUUACCUAGGUUGA